AUGGCUCGCGGUCUUCUCACUCUCUGUGUUAGCGCGCUCGCUGCCGUCGCUGGCGCCGCUAAGUCAGCCGACGUGGUCUUCUACAAUGGCAACAUCUACACCAUGUGCCCUGGCAACAGUACGGCUACGGCCAUGGCUGUGCGCGGAGGCAAGAUUGAAUACGUCGGCAACAAGAAGCAGGCGCAUACCUACAUUGGAAAGAACACCAAGGUCAUUGAUCUUGAGGGCCGCAUGGCUAUGCCUGGUCUUGUAGACUCUCACAUGCACGUCAUUUCUGGAGGUCUCUCCCUUUUAAAGUGCGAUCUGAGCUAUCAAACCUUAUCGCUCGCAGAGACCCUGGAGCACAUCCAGGGUUGUCUUGAUGAUGAGACGGACAAGACUGACGAUGAUUGGCUGGAGGUCGUCAACAUGGACUACGCUGGUCUUGUGUCAAAGAGCGGAACCGUUGGAAAGAAGCAGCUGGACAAGCUGAGCACUAAGCGACCUGUGUUUAUCCGCUCAAGCGACUACCACACUGUCCUUGCCAACUCCCGCGCGCUUGAGCUCUCCGGCAUAGAUGAAAACACCAAGGACCCCGUAGGUGGAAAGGUUGACCGUCUACCUGGAAGCAAAGAGCCUUCUGGUUCCCUUCAAGAUGGUGCCCGCGACCUUAUCAAAGUCCCUCCUCCCUCCGAAGCAGAGAACCUCGAGGCUGCUCGUGCCGCCCUCAAGCUUCUCCGCGAAGCCGGUAUCACUACAUUCCAAGAGGCUGCCGCUGCUGACAACCACCACGACGUCUUUGACACCAUCAGGAAAGAGGGUGGUCUCUCUGCCCGCGGGUACUUUGACUUCUGGGUCGAGGCACCCGAUUCUGUGGAUGGAGUGCCUGCUCUUGUCAAGAACGUCACCGACACGAUCAAGCCCUGGAACGACAAGAAGCCUCUUGGUCCCAAGCCUAGCCUUAAGUGGCAAGCCAUCAAGGCCUUCAUUGAUGGUGUUAUCACUUACCCUUCUAACACCGCUGCUCUCAUUGAGCCCUACUGGGCACCCGUCGACGGCAAUGAGAACGGUACCUGGGCUCCUGAUAAGAACUCCCUCACUGAUCCCUACUGGAAGCCUGCCGUGCUUACCAAGACUCUCGAGGCUCUUUUUCUCGCUGGCAUUGACGCUCAACUUCACGUUGAUGGCGAUCUUGCUGUCCGUGUUGCUCUUGAUGCCGCUGAGUCUUUCCGCAAGAAGCACCCUGGCAAGGACAUCCGCCUCGGUCUUGCUCACGACGAGCUCUCCCACCAGGAUGAUUGGGGUCGCUUCGCCAAGCUUGGUGUUGACUCUAUUGUCAGCUACCAGUGGUCUCAGCUCAGCUCAUUCUACAUUCCCAACACGUUCAACUCUCUCGCCGAAUACCGUCUGAAUAACCUCCAAGCAUGGGCCCAGAUUGAGAAGCGAGGUCGCCCUCUUGUAUACGGAAGCGACUGGCCUAUUGAUCCUCUUGACGAGUUCCUCGCUCUCAAGGUCGCAGUCACCCGAUCAGGUGACCCCGAGAACCCCAACUCACCCGCAUCUCAGGGUCCUCCUUUUGAUGGUGUCUUCCCCGGCAGCGGUAUCUCACGCACUUCUGCUCUACGAUCUAUCACCAUCAACGGUGCUCGCUUCCUCCGCGCCGACAAGCAGAUCGGUUCAUUGGAAAAGGGCAAACUUGCCGACAUCAUUGUUCUCGAGAACAAUUUCUUCAAGGUCCCCGAGGAAGAGCUUGGUCGCCAGAAGGUGCUACUUACCAUGGUUGGUGGUGAGGUGGUUUACGUGGCCAAGGGUCACGACUUUGGUGUCAAGGCCAAAUUUCCCAACGACGAUAAGGCUAGUGCCAAGUUGGCUCGUCGCACCAUCGGAGGAUUCAACGCCCAGGAGCUGUCAGAGGAGGCUAAGGCGGAAGCCGCAAAGCUUCGGAAGCGAGGUGCCUGCGUUCAUAAGCACUAG